AUGAGGAUAGAGUUUGAGGAGGCACUACAUGCUCCCGUGCAUCGAUAUAAUGAUGAUAGUGAUGAUGACAGUGAUGACCCGGUGUAUGUGCCUGAUGACAUAGAAACUGAGCAAGAGGCUAGGCAAUGGCGGCAGGUGCAAGCAUUGAGCCAACAGAGUCUUCAUAAGGAGACGGAAAGGCGUAGACAUGGAGGAGCUGGUCCAUCUAAAGCUGGAGGUAGUGGAUCUUCACAGAACCCUUUGCCCUUUAGGAGAUCACAUAGUACAAGGGCAGCCCCAACUCCACCUUCACCUCCAGUGGUUCCACCUCGUGUGAACCCCGUGCUACAACAGGAUCCCCAUGCGUACAGGAAAAAGGGUAGUAAGCAACUCAAGAUAAAAGAGAUGUGGGAAGACAUGAAGGCUUAUGUUGGGGAGGCAGUGUCUAAGUGGAUGUUAUUUCAUAGCAUCCCAACAAACGCCACCACAGGUCCCUAUCACCAGCCGAUGCUUGAUGCUAUGGCUGAGGCCGGUCCAGGGAUAAAGGGGCCGACUACAUAUGAGGUGAUGAAUGUAUAUUUGCCUAAGGAGAAGGCUGACUUGAAAGCAUAUAUUGAUGAGUUAAAAGUUACGUGGAAGAGCUAUAGGGUAACCAUAAUGUGUGAUGGUUGGACAGGGCCCACGAGAAAGUCCAUCAUCAAUUUUAUGGUUUAUUGUGAUGGUAGAACCAUUUUCUUGACGUCUAGUGAUGCAUCCAAGGAAAGAAAUGAUGUAAAAUAUAUUUACAAGCUUUUGAAGGAUGUUGUGGAAGAAGUUGGAAUACAAAAUGUUGUUCAGAUUGUGACUGACAAUGGAAGUAACUACAAGAAAGCCAGAAUUAAAAUGAUGAACAACCCUAGAUUCCAACUCUUUUGGAAUCCUUGUGCAGCACAUUGCAUUGAUCUAAUGUUGAAGGAUAUGGGGAAACUUAAAAUUGUGCAUACGGUGGUUGAAAGGGCUAGGCAAGUGAGCACAUUUGUCUAUGAUCAUGAGUUUUCAUUGAACCUAUUGAGGGAGAAGUGCAGGGGUGACUUGGUUAGGCCCGGUCUCACAAGAUUUGCUACCAACUAUAUUGCACUCCAAAGUUUUGAAUCUAAGAAAGUUUGUCUUCGAUCCAUGUUCGCAUCUAAGGAGUGGUUUGGUUGGAGGGAAGCAGGAUCAGCUGGUGGUAGGGAGGCACAGGCAACCAUUUCAUCAAAGGAGUUUUGGAGACAAUUGGGUAAAGUGGUUAAAAUCUUGACACCAAUUGUUGGCGUGUUGAAGUUGGGGGAUUCUGCUUUCAAACCCACCUUGCCAAGCCUGUGGGCUGCUAUUACAAUGAUGAAGGAAAAUGUCUAUGCUACCAACCCAUGUGGAAGUAGAAAAUUUGUGGAAAUAAUAGAAGACCGUUGGGAGCGCCAGCUUUCUCAUCCUUUGCAUAAGGCUGGUAAGCAAAGCUGA